GUGGUCAGCGUACAAUCCAAAAAAUCCAAGAUGGCGGAUCUGAUAAACUUUGUUUCCAAGAGAGUAAUUGACGCUAAAAAGGAAGAAAAGAGAAAAGCAAGGGAACAAAUCCUGAAAAAGGCGAAGGAAGACUAUGAGCGAGAGCAGCGAAGAAAAGAACGGCGCAUUGAAAGUGGGGAAAGUUCAUGGAUGCUGCCUUCACUGAGCGAGAGGUUGACAGCAGAAGAUGAAAGCAACGACAAGGAUAAAUCAAAGAGGAAGAAACACAAGAAAGAGAAGAAACAGAAAAAGGACAAAAAAGAAAGAAAGCACAAGAAGCAAAAGAAAAGUGUUACAGAGGAGAAGUCAUCAGAAUCAGAAUCUGAUAAUGAGUGGGUUGAAAAAGGAACCAACACUUCAACAACUGAUACUGUGAAGUCCUCGACAGUGCCCAGUCAACCUCAGGUAAGACACUUUCUGACUAAGGAUAAAUUCAGGAGCGAAGGAAGACUAUGA